UGCUGUUUUAGGAACAUCUCUCAUCUACCGCUUUGCCAGGGUGUUAUUCCAGGGGAAUGGGUUUGUUAUAGGAAAGGAGAGGCCAGGGAGGGAAGGAUCGCAGGAGAGGCUCCCAGCUUGGGCUUUUGCUGUUUUAUUGCUAUGCUUCCUGGCACUCAAGAAGAGCCACACGCUUGGAUUGAGGCCACAGAACAUCUUGUCUCCUCUGCCCCCCAAACCGCCCCAAAACCUUCCUCUCUUCUUGCCGGCAACUUCUCCUGAGGGUCCUGCAAACUGCCUUGAGGAAUUAAAAGGGUGUUCCCAGAGAGCCGAAGGAUGAAACCUUCUAGAGAAAAGAUCACCUUGAACGUCGGCGGAGUCCAGUUCGAGACAUACCUCAGCACCCUCUGUGCCUUCCCAGGGACCAAGCUGGGCCGCCUCACGGAACCCCAGGCCUCCGCCGUCUUUGACUAUGACCCCAGCAACCAAGAGUUCUUCUUUGACAGGAGCGCCAUGCUCUUUGAUGAGGUGCUGAACUACUACAGGACCCAGCAUCUCCACUGCCCUGAAGGUACAUGCAGGUCUGUCUUCGAGGAAGAGCUGGCCUUCUGGGAGAUCAGCGAUGCGCCCUUGGCCUCCUGCUGCUGGCAGAAGUUCAGCGAUGAAGAGAGCGAAGAGGAAGGCUCCUGUCCUUGGGAGGAAGAGCAGGGCGGUGACCAGCAGGGCCUCCUCGCCCCAGCCGAAAGGAGCAGCUUCCCCAACAGCUGCCGAGACCAAUGGCAGCCCAAGAUCUGGGCUCUCUUUGAGAAGCCCUCCAGCAGCUUAAGUGCAAAUGUAAGCAUCCAAGAGGGUUCCUUGAGAACAGGUCCAGAGACGGAGGCCCCCAAGGAGUGCCUGGCCAUUGUUUCUAUGCUCUUCAAUAUUAGCAUCUGCAUCCUUUUUAUCGGGAAGACUUAUACACAACGAGAUGACAACCGUUUUCUUCACUACAGCGACCAACACUACAAUGAUACCGAUGAGCUCCCAGAAGUCAAGCAUCACUUUUAUGAAAUCUUCCCUUUCCUCCUCCCUCUAGAGCUUGUCUUUGUCCUCUGGUUCACGUUUGAAUUUUUCAUGCGGCUUACAUUCUGCCCGGACCGCAAGAAAUUCCUGAGGAACCCGCUGAAUGUGGCCGACUUCCUCUCCUUGUUUCCGGUUUUUAUUGAAUUCAUCUCACUCAGACAACAUAUGCACAGGAUCUGGACGCUGGUGCUGUGGCUGGGCUUCUUGCGUUGCUGCUACAUCCUCAAGCUCCUGAAGUUGUUCAAGCUCCUUGAGGCCCCUCUGAUGCUGCGGGUCCUGCCUUACACCUUCCGGUCCAUCUUCAGAGAGAUCCUCCUCCUGCUGCUGGUUUUUGUCUUUGAGGCUCUCUUCUUCGGUGCCAUCUGCCAUUUUGCAGAGCUCCUGGAGUGUGCUCUCAUGCAACACCAGUGCCGUGACAUAUACAUGGACAACCUCCCUUCCUCCAUUUGGUGGGCGGUGAUCACCUUGACCACUGUUGGCUACGGGGACGUCUAUCCCAUCACGGAAUCCAGCCGCAUAAUAGGAGCCUUUGCAGCAAUAUGUGGCCUGCUGACCAUUCUUGUCCCCAUCCCAAUCUUCUUGAUCAAGUUCAAGGGCUAUUAUGACGCUGCCAUAGCCAAGGAGAAGAGGAAGAGGAUGGGCAUGCCAACACUGCCAUCUUAAGAACUCCCAAGUGCUUCUUCUCGUGUGAACAGUGAUCACCUCUGUGCAUUUCUAUUGGACAGCAGCCGCAUACAUACAUACACACAAGCACACUCUGCUCUGAACAAGAUUGAUAUUCUCGCGUUUUUGCCUUGAAACCCCUUUCCCCUUCGAGUGCUUCUUUUUCGGUGGAGCUUGGCUGAUGAACGGUUUCCCUACCGCCAUGGAACUCGGCUGUGUCGGCUGGGUUAGGCAACCUUGGCUCUCCCGCUGUGGGGAGACUACAACUCCCAGCAUCCCCAACCACAAUGCAUUGACACCUACGCAGUCACAGUGACCAAAGAGAAAAUGGACAUCAACUGGUAGGCAGAGGCGUCUCUAGGGAAAAUAGUGCCUAGGGCAAGCACUGAAAUUGCGCCCCCUGUCCAAGCAUCUGACACCCAUCUUUCAGAUAACUUUACCAUAAUAUCAGCUGAAAAAUGCAAGUCAAGCUUGUUAAUUUUUUAAUAUUUCAAAAACUAUUUAGCAGUGUACGUAGCCAGACCAAAAAAUGCUGGGAAACUACAAAUUUCAGUAUGUUGGAGCUCAUGAAAUACCCAAAUACUAUGUGGAGGUGUACUUGGAAAACUAAACAGAAGUGCCUGUCUAAUUCUCUACUAUGCAUUGUAGCAUCACUAUUACAUCAGUUUUAAAAAUAAAUGGAGAAUUUGACUUUU